AUGCGGAUGAGUUGCAACGGGUGCCGCGUGCUUCGCAAGGGGUGCAGCGACAACUGCGCCAUCCGGCCGUGCUUGCAGUGGAUCCGCAGCCCCGACGCGCAGGGCAACGCCACCGUCUUCCUCGCCAAGUUCUACGGCCGCGCAGGCCUCGUCAACCUCAUCACCGCCGGCCCUGAACACGUCCGACCCGGCUCGGUCGGCUUGCUCUGGUCCGGGAACUGGCAGCUUUGCCAGGACGCCGUCGAGACGGUCCUCCGCGGCAUGCCCAUCGCGCAGCCCCCGCCCACAGCCACGGUUGUCCCGCCUCACCGGUCAUGCGACAUCCGCCACGUCGCCAGGAGGGAAGCAGGCCGCGGCGCCGGCGCCGUGGAUGCCGGCCUCCACCGGAUGGCCAACAGCUCGCGGGGACAAUUCAAACGAUCCGGCGCCCACAGAUCCGCAGACUCCGGCGGCAUCGAGCUCGUCUUCUCCCAGCCGUCGGCUUCGUCCAUGCUGGUCGACAUCCGACAGGCGCAGCCACUGAACUGGGCGCCACGCCAGCCAAGCCACGAGUACUCUGCCAGCCAUGACGACGACGGCGCCGUGCGGGAGAGCGACAGCAACGCCUCGGUGGACACCGUGGAUGUCUCUCAUGUCAGCCAGUCCGAACCGGAGCCACCAAGAAAGAGCGAUGAGCGUGCGGCGGAUAGCCUGGACCUCACACUAGGUCUGCCACCGACGGUGCACAAGGUCGAGCCGUCGGACGUUGACGACGACCACCCUUGUCACAGAGGCGAACCGAUGAAGCUCGGCUUGGCCAUGGCGGAUUCUAGAGCUAGAUAA